GAAAGUCAUGCCAAGAGAAACAAACACAACUACUUGCCAGAUAUACUAAUUAGUCAUGGAGAUUACUUCAAUUAUUUCUCUAAUUUCUUUAAUCCUUUUUCCAACAUCAAUCCUACUCCUCUUCAACCGCCGGAGAAACUCCGCCUUUCGUAGCCGGUUUCCUCCAGGACCGCCGGGAUGGCCAAUAAUUGGCAACCUAUUGGAUCUGGGUUCAAUGCCACAUCGUACCUUGACCGAUCUUAAAAAGAAAUACGGUGACAUUUUAGGUCUAAAGCUGGGUUCAUUAAACACCAUGGUAAUUCUAUCAGCAAAGGCUGCUAGUGAGCUAUUUAAAAACCAUGAUCUCGCAUUUGCCGAACGUUCUUUAACUAUAACAAUGCGAGUCCAUGGUUAUGACCGAGGUUCAUUGGCUCUAGCACCAUACGGUUCGUAUUGGCGAGUCAUGAGACGGCUAGUAACUGUAGACAUGUUAGUCAACAAAAAGAUCAAUGAAACAGUGUCUAUACGAAGAAAAUGCAUCGAUGAUAUGCUGAGAUGGAUCGGAGAAGAAUCGAAAAAGGGUGAUCAAGUUGAAUUAGCGCGAUUCGUGUUCUUGAUGGUCACGAAUUUGAUCGGAAAUCUGAUGCUUUCGCGUGAUUUGGUCGAUCCUGCAUCGAAGGAAGGGUCGGUAUUUUUCAAAGCAAUACACGGCUUAAUGGGAGCAUCAGGUUAUGCAAAUAUUGCGGAUUAUUUGCCAUGGCUAAAGUGGUUUGAUCCUCAAGGAUUGGAGAGAACUAUGGAGAGGGAACUUGGGAAGGCUUUGGAGAUUGCUGAUCAGUUCGUUAAGGAGAGGAUUAAAGAGAAAAAAUUAGGAGAUAUUCAAAACAAGAAUUUCCUUGAUGUGUUGCUUGAGUUUGAAGGUAAUGGUAAGGAUGAGCCGGAGAGGAUUUCAGAUAAAGAUCUCAACAUUUUUAUCCUGGAAAUAUUUAUGGCGGGUGCAGAAACGACGAGCAGCACCAUAGAAUGGGCAAUGACUGAGCUCCUACGCAAUCCUAUAGCAAUGCAAAAGGCCAAAGCUGAACUCAAUAAUGUGAUCGGACCAGACAAAAAGGUAGAGGAAACUGAUAUCGAAAGUCUUCCAUACUUGCAGGCAGUCGUGAAAGAAACGUUUCGAUUACACCCUCCAAUACCGUUCCUAGUUCCGAGAAGAGCAAUGCAAGACACCAAAUUCAUGGGAUUUCACAUCCCAGAAAACACACAAGUUCUUGUAAAUGCAUGGGCUAUUGGGAGAGACGAAGAUGUUUGGUCUGACCCUUUGAGUUUCGAACCCGAAAGAUUUAUUGGGUCGAAAGUUGAUUAUAGAGGGCAGCAUUUCGAGUUAAUUCCUUUCGGAGCAGGAAGAAGAAUGUGUGCGGGAGUCUCACUGGCUCACAGAGUUCUUCAUCUUACUUUGGGAUCUUUGCUUUACCAUUUUGAUUGGGAAUUUGAAGCUAAUGUGAGUUCAACUACUUUGGAUAUGAGAGAUAAGUUGGGCAUUACAAUGCGGAAGUUGGAGCCAUUACUUGUAGUUCCUAAGAAGUCUCAUCUUUCUUUUUGAUUACAUACAAAGAUCAAUUCUUCAUUAUUUAUGGUCCUAAUGUAAUACCUCGUGCCUUGAUGACGUGAUUUUCCGGUAUUUGAUGUGUGCUCCGUUGUUAUUUCGAUGUAUUUGCGAUGUGUUAAUUGAUGUGUUACGGAUACCGAUUUGUUAUUAUGUUAAUUUAAUGUAUCUUAUGUUAAAGUGAGGAUUGGUAUUAGUUCA